AUGAUCUAUUGCACAUAUGAACGUACCUUUCGAAUGGAUAACUUCAAGUUCACGAUCAGGCAAGCAGAAGCAAGAGACGCUCCACUCCUACCAGCGGUGGAGCGCUCGGCAGCUCAAGCAUUUUUACAGCUUCCUAAACAUGCAUGGCUCGCUGAUGGAGACACACAAUCGGUGGAGCAACAUUUGAAAUUCAUCAAGGACGGUUUCGAAUGGGUGGCUGUUGAUGCCAAGGAUGCCCCGAUCGCAUUUCUCAACGGGAACCUGACGAAGAAAACUUUCCACAUACAUGAGGUCUCCGUUCAAUCAAUUCAUCAGGGCAAGCGAGUCGGUCGGAAUUUAAUGGAAACGGUGAUACGAUGGGCAGUCACAUCUGACUGCUCGUCCGUUACUCUGACAACUUUUCGAAAUGUGCCAUGGAAUGAAGGUUUCUAUAGGUCUCUGGGGUUCAGGACUUUGGAUUCAUCUGAGCUGACGCCUGAGCUGAAUAUCAUUAUGAAGCAUGAGGCCGAGGCCGGCUUAUUGAUUGAUGAGAGAUGUGCAAUGUGCUUACGUAUGGAUUGA